UCUUCAGCGAAUACAUGUCCACCUUCACCAAGAUGUUCUACUCCAGAGAGCAGGAACUCUACAGCAUCAGGAGUCGUUACACGAACGGACUUACUAUUUUGUCAGAGGCGACAUCUCUCGUCACUGUGAUGAAGGAGGAACUUGUAGCUUUGAGCUACAAAAUAGAGGAGAAGUCAAAGGAAAUAGAAACUCUGAUGGAGAAGCUUCAGAAGGAUGCUGAGAUUGUGGAGCAGGUCCGAGCCAUCGUUCAAACGGAGGAGGCCGUCAUGGCUCAGGAGACUCAAAUAGUCCAGGACUACGCCCAGGAGGCCCUUGCUGAUUUGAAUAAAGCUUUGCCUUUACUGGAGAAUGCUAUUUUAGCCUUAGAUAGCCUGGACAAAAAUGAUAUCUCAGAGAUAAGGGUCUACACCAACCCACCGGAUCUGGUUCUGACUGUGAUGUAUGCCGUGUGCAUCUUGCUGCAGCAGAAGCCCACUUGGACUGUGGCAAAGCAGCUGCUGGCUGAUCCGGGCUUCCUCAAGAGGCUGGUCAACCUGGACAAGGACAGCCUGCCAGAGAAGGUGUUCUUCAGCCUAAGGAGAUACUCCAAAGACCCAGAGUUCACCCCAGAGAAGGUGGGCAGAGUGUCCACGGCUUGCCGCUCCAUGUGCAAGUGGAUACUAGCACUGGAUCAUUACCAUGAUGUGAACAAGAUAAUCGAGCCUAAACAGAAAAAGGUCAGAGUGGCUGAAGAGGCCCUCGCAAAAGCUAAGUGUAAUCUCAAGCAAAAACAGAGGAACCUCUCAAAGAUCGAACACCACCAGGCGGACCUGCAGCGGGGCUAUGACGCCAGCGUGGCCGAGAAGACGGAGUUGGCUGCCCGGAGGGAGCUCACCACCAAACGAGUGCAGAGGGCUGGACAGCUGAUUGCCGCUCUGUCAGACGAGAAGGAGCGCUGGGAGAGCGCGGUGACCGAGCUGGACCUGCAGCUGAAGCACAUUAUGGGUGACACCAUCAUCUCCGCCGCCUUCAUCACCUACUGCGGCCCGCUGACCGCCGUCUACCGCGAGACCCUGGUCAAGACCUGGCUGGAGGCAUGCCGCCGUGCCGACAUCGCCGCGUCCGAGGACUACACCUUCAUCGGCACCAUGACCAAGAAGAAUGAGGUGCAGCACUGGCACAACAAUGGCCUGCCUUCCGACCAGACCUCCACGGAGAACGCCAUCAUCAUAAAGAACGGGCCCCACUGGCCGGUGAUCGUGGACCCCCAGGGAGAGGCCAAGCGCUGGCUGAUCAAAAAGGAGGGAGUGGGCCUCUACAAGGUCCAGGCAUCCAACCCCAACUACAUGAAAACAGUGGAGCGAGCCAUUCGCAUGGGGGAUGCUGUAUUGAUCCAGGACUUAAGUGAGAAUGUGGACCCAUGUCUUCGACCAGUAUUGGUGAAAAACAUCACCAUCCGAGAGGGACAUUCCUUCAUCAAGAUUGGAGACACUGAAUUUGAAUACAAUUCCAACUUCAGACUGUACCUGACCACCACGCUGCCCAACCCUCACUUCCUGCCGGGAGUGUGCAUCAUCGUCAAGCUGGUCAACUUCAACGUGGAGUAUGAGAGUCUGCAGGAGCAGCUGCUGUCCAGCGCAUUCAAGCUGCAGCAGCCCGAGCUGGAGCAGGAGCACAGCCAGCUGCUGCACACCAUCAUCGCACACCACUUUGAGCUCCACCAGCUGGAGGAGAGGUCACUGCAGCUGCUGCAGGAAACCAUGGGGAAUAUCCUGGAUGACCAGUCUCUCAUUGACAACCUGAGAAAGACCAAGGAGACCUUCAACCUGAUCUCACAGCGUGCCCAGACAGCCAAGGACAAAGACAAGGAGAUUGGCGAAGUGCGCAAGAAAUACCUGCCCAUCGCCAGUCGCAGCACCGACCUGUACAUUGUGCUGACCGAGCUUACCCAGAUCAACUACAUGUACCAAUUCUCCCUGGAGUGGUUCUUGGACAAGUACACGAAGGCGGUGCAGUGGGGCAACGAGGCGCUGGAGAUGUCGGUGGAGGGAGGGACGACGCAGGUGUGCCGCACAGUCAGCCGCACCGACUUCGAGACAGUGGACUUCAGUGGCUACCUGGUCUCAGUGUUGGAUCGCAUCACUGAGAGUAUCUACAAGGAGGUGUCCCUGGCUCUGUUCUCCGAGCACCAGCUCUGCUUCUCCUUCCUGAUGUGCUGCCGGAUCAUGCAGAUGGAGGGUGGCCGCGCGAUGCCCGGCUGCCCCACACGCGAGCCGCUGCCGGCCGAGGAGUGGUACGCCUUCCUACACACGCCCAUGCUAGCCAGCAUGCUGGCAGGGGUGGCGACAACGACGAUGACGGCGACAACGGCGAAGACCCGCGAGCCCCCGGCCUACGCCCACUGGCUGACGGAAAGCAUGUGGACCCAGUGCCAGUACCUGAGCGCACACCUGCCUGCCUUUUCCGGCCUGUGCCACUCUCUGCAGGCCAACCCUGGCCACUGGAGUGCCUUCCACCAGGCUGACGGCCUCUACAGCUUCCUGAGUCAGCCGUACAUGGAGCCAGGCUCCAGCUCUACGCCCACAGCACCUGUGGCGACCACACCUGUCAGCAUCAAACAGAUCUCAGUGUUUGCAUGGGAGAACCUGUCUGGCUUCCAAAGACUCAUUCUGAUUAAGGUUCUGCGAGCAGAGCAUCUCAUAUCAGCAGUGAGGAGUUUUGUUUCGGGAAAGUUUGGAGCAAAGUAUGCCGAAGGGAGUAAGAUGAGUCUGCAUGAUGUCUACGAGCACUCCAGAUCUAACAUCCCCAUCAUCUUCCUCCUCUCACCGGGCACAGACCCGGCCUCCGUCUUGCUACGCCUGGCCCACGAGCAGCGCGGCAGCAGCCUGCACCUGGACAUGGUGUCCCUGGGUCAGGGCCAGGGCCCGCGGGCCGACGAGCUGGUCAGCAAGGCCCAGGUGCUCAAGGGCCGCUGGGUCUUCCUGCAGAACUGCCACCUGGCGGCCUCCUUCAUGCCUCGCCUGCACACCAUCGUCAACUCGCUGAGGUGGAAAGGUUCUGACCUGGACCCACAAUUCCGCCUGUGGCUCUCGUCAAAACCUGACCCGGUCUUCCCAGCAUCCAUACUACAGAGGGGCUUUAAGGUGGCUGUGGAGUCUCCCCAGGGCCUGAAGGAGAAGCUGUUGCACAUAGUGGGCGUCAACGGGGAGGUGACCGACAAGACCUUCAGCAAGGCCGACUGUGGCCCCGCCUGGAAGAGUCUGGUCUUCAGCCUCUGCUUCUUCCACGCCGUCGUGCAGGAGAGGAAGAAGUACGGCACCCUGGGCUGGAACAUCCCCUACGCGUUCACCUCCUCCGACCUGGAGGUGUCCCUGCUGAACCAGGAAGCGAUGCUGACGGCCUGCGAGGGCGCGGAGGUGCCCUGGGCGGCGCUCCACUACCUGACGGGGGAGGUGGUGUACGGCGGCCACAUUAUGGACCCCUGGGACCACCGCUGCCUGACGGCCAUCCUGCAGCGCUGUUACAACGCCCGAGUGCUGGAGGAGGGACUGUUCUCCUCCCAGGGUUACCCAGCAUUCCCCAAAGAGGCCAGCUGGUCGCAGUGCUAUGCCUACAUAGAGAACAUGCCGGAUAAAGAGCUGGCCGAGUUGUUUGGCAUCGACAGAAAUACGGAGGCCAUCGUGCGGCAGCACCAGGCCCAGCAGCUGCUGCAGGCGGUCGUCAACCUGCAGCCUCAGGUCAGUGACGUCCACCCGCAGACCAGCUCAGGGAGAGCCAGGACGCCCGCAGAGACACAGAGUCAAAAGAGACACAGAGACACCGAGUCCAAAGACAAAGUGGUCCUGAACAUGGCCAACUACAUCCUGAAGAAACUUCCGGAACAAGUCGAGCCCAACCAAAGCCAGAGAAUCGAACCGAUACACGUGCGAGAUGUUUUGGCUGAAAUCAGCUCGAAGGCAAAAGAAACAGGUGGGCAGCACUCGUUGGCCCUGCUGGUGGUGCUGAAGGAGGAGAUCCGGCGUUUCGACCGGCUGCUGGCUGCUGUCCACUCAACGCUGCUCCACUUCUGCAGCGCCAUCAAGGGCGAGACGCUCAUGACCCAGAACAUGGAGGACAUCCACAAUGCACUGCUCACCAUGGUGGUGCCUGCUGCCUGGAAGGUGCUGUCGUAUGAGUCAUGCAAAGCGCUGGGCUCCUGGGUGCUUGACCUGGAGCGUAGGGUCAGUUUCAUCCGAGCGUGGAGUGACCAUGUCAAAUUCAAGCACGCGAAAAGAAGUGAACAAUCCACUGGUGGUGAGACACCGUCCUUCCACGAGGACAACCCGCGCAGCUACUGGCUAUCUGGGUUCUUCUUCCCCCAAGGGUUUCUCACGGCCGUGCUGCAGACGUACGCACGCAAAAGGAACCUGCCGGUGGACUCGCUGUGCUUCAGCUACCACGUGCAAAAGGACACGCUGGACUGGAGCGCAGCCCCCCACAAGACCCAGCUACUGUUUGAGGGUGCAGAUCCACCUGAGGACGGCGUGCUGGUGUACGGACUCUACCUGAGCGGUGCCAGUUGGGACCCAGAGACGCAGACGCUGCAGGAGACGCUGCCCAAACUCCAGCACUACCCCAUGCCCGAGAUCCACUUCCUGCCCUACCAGAAAUCGGAUGACCCAACACCACCACCUGGUCACUCAGAGCCAGAGGAGCAGCUGAGGACAGGCGGCGAGGGGGAGCGCUCCUUCUACGAGUGCCCUCUCUACUGCACCUCCAAGCGCACUGGCUACCUGUUCUCCACCGGCUUCUCCAGCAACUUCAUCACAGCCAUGUCGCUGCCCACCACCAUACCCGCCUCCCACUGGAUCUUCAGGGGCACCACCUUGCUGUGCCAGCUGGACGAGUGAGCCCGUCAGUACCCUUCAAACGACGCAUUUCACAGACAGAAGUCUGCUCCAAAUUCAGUCCCCCGAGUUUUUUGUAAAGCUUAGGUAUUUUGUGCAAA